ACCUCCCCGCGCGCUGCGCAGACCAUGCGCUCCCACCUCUGCGAGCGGACGCACGGCGACACAGAUGGUUCCAGUGCGCGGUGCGGUGUGGCGCUUCAACUCUGACUGAAACUGCUGUCGUUUGGGCAAAAUCUACACGCUGAUACAGCUGAUUUUUUUUUUUUUUUUUGGUUUUAGUGUUGUUCCUUGUGUGUGUGUGUGUGUGUGUGUGUGUGCGCGCGUGCGGAUGCGCCAUGCAACCUCGCUGGUGGAGUUGUGGCAUUCGGCUGGUGGCGUGGACGUGCGUUUGGAGCGUGGCGUUGCACGGAGCGGUGCGGUGUAUCCCCGCCAAUGAAGUGAACCUGCUGGAUUCCCGCUCCGUGAUGGGAGACCUGGGAUGGGUGGCCUACCCUAAGAAUGGGUGGGAGGAGAUCGGGGAAGUGGACGAGGACUACGCCCCCAUCCACACCUACCAAGUGUGCCGGGUCAUGGAGCAGAACCAGAACAACUGGCUCCACACCAACUGGAUCCUGACCGAGGGCGCCCAGCGGGUCUUCAUCGAGCUCAAGUUCACCCUGAGGGACUGCAACAGCCUGCCCGGCGGGGUCGGCACCUGCAAGGAGACGUUUAACAUGUACUACUACGAGACCGACGGGUACGAGGAGGAAAUGGAGGAGGGGGAGAUGAGGGACGGAGCGGGCAUGACGGAGGAGGAGGACAGGGUGCUGAAGGAGAGCAGGUACAUCAAAAUCGACACCAUCGCAGCCGAUGAGAGCUUCACGGAGCUCGACCUGGGGGACCGCGUGAUGAAGCUCAACACCGAGGUGCGCGAUUUAGGCCCCCUGACCCGCAAGGGCUUCUACCUGGCGUUCCAGGAUUUGGGGGCGUGCAUCGCUCUCGUCUCCGUGCGGGUUUUCUACAAACGCUGCCCCUUUUUGGUGAAGAGCCUGGCCGAGUUCCCCGACACCAUCCCGGGCUCGGAGGCCUCGCAGCUGGUGGAGGUGGUGGGCCGCUGCGUCAACAACUCCCUGCCUUUGUACGAGCCUCCCAGGAUGCAUUGCAGCACGGAGGGAGAGUGGCUGGUGCCCAUCGGGAAGUGUGUAUGCCAGCCGGGGUUCGAGGAAAUCGGCGGAUCCUGUCAAGUCUGCAGAGUGGGGUUUUACCGCUCGCUGCUGGAGUCCGUGGCCUGCAGUAAGUGUCCACCUCACAGCGUGGCCCGGCAGAUGGGAGCCACCGCUUGCAGCUGCGAGGAUGGAUACUACAAGAUCGACGCGGACCCUCCCAACAUGGCCUGCACACGCCCCCCCUCCGCGCCACGCAACGCCAUCUCAAAUGUCAACGAGACCAGCGUCUUCCUGGAGUGGUCGGUUCCCAUGGAGACGGGCGGCAGGAAGGACGUGCGCUACAACAUCCUCUGCCGACAGGUCCUGCCCGAUGGAAGGGGCCUGGAGGAAUGUGGCCCCAACGUACGGUUCCUGCCGCGGCGCGUCGGCCUGUCAAACACCUCGGUGAUGGUGGCCGACCUGCAGUCGCACACCAACUACAGCUUCUUGCUGGAGGCCGUCAACGGGGUGUCGGAGCUGGCCAAAGAGCACGCGAAGCAGUACGUGUCGCUCAACGUGACGACCAAUCAGGCAGCACCCUCCCCGGUGAGUGUGGUGAGGAAAGGUCAUACGGAGAAGAGCCGCAUUGCCCUGUCUUGGGCAGAGCCUGAUCGCCCCAAUGGCAUCAUCCUGGAGUACGAGAUCAAGUAUUUUGAAAAGGAGCAGGACUCGAGUUACACUAUAAUAAAGUCCAAAGAGACCGAGAUGGUGGUGGAGGGCCUGAAGCCCUCGUCAGUCUACAUCUUCCAGGUGCGAGCCAGGACCUCGGCGGGCUACGGUGCAUUUAGCCGGCGUUUUGAAUUCCAGACCAGCCCGUACUUAACUGCCACCAGCGAGCGCGCCCAGGCCUCCAUAAUUGCGGUGGCCAUCACGCUGGCUCUGGUCCUGCUGGCAGUGGUGGCUGGAUUCUUGCUGAGCGGGCGGCGGUGUGGCUACAGCAAAGCAAAACAGGAUCCCGAAGAGGAGAAGAUGCACUUCCACAACGGUCACAUCAAGUUCCCCGGGGUUCGCACCUACAUUGACCCGCUCACCUAUGAGGAUCCCAACCAGGCGGUGCACGAGUUCGCCCAGGAGAUCGACGUCUCCUUCAUCUCCAUAGAGAGGAUCAUCGGAGCCGGGGAGUUUGGAGAGGUGUGCAGCGGACCGCUGAGGCUGCCCGGGAAACGGGAGAUCCAGGUUGCCAUCAAGACCUUGAAGGCAGGCUACACGGAGCAGCAGAGACGGGACUUCCUUUGGGAGGCGUCAAUCAUGGGCCAGUUCAACCAUCCGAACAUCAUCCGUCUGGAGGGCGUGGUCACCAAGAGCAAACCGGUGAUGAUAAUCACUGAAUACAUGGAGAAUGGAUCACUGGACACAUUCCUUAAGAAAAACGACGGUCAGUUCACUGUAAUCCAGCUGGUGGGCAUGCUGCGUGGCAUCGCGUCUGGCAUGAGGUACCUGUCCGACAUGGGCUACGUCCACCGUGACCUGGCGGCUCGCAACAUCCUGGUGAACAGCAACCUCGUGAGCAAAGUGUCCGACUUCGGCUUGUCCCGGGUCCUGGAGGACGACCCGGAGGCCGCGUACACCACGCGGGGCGGCAAGAUUCCUAUUCGCUGGACGGCUCCAGAGGCGAUCGCGUACAGGAAGUUCACGUCCGCCAGCGACGUGUGGAGUUAUGGCAUCGUCAUGUGGGAGGUGAUGUCAUACGGAGAGAGGCCCUACUGGGAGAUGUCCAAUCAAGAUGUGAUAAAAGCGAUAGAGGAGAGCUAUAGGUUGCCGGGUCCUAUGGACUGCCCCGAGGCUCUGUACCACCUAAUGAUGGACUGCUGGCAGCGAGAGCGCAGCAGCCGGCCCAAGUUCGACGAGAUCGUCUGUCUGCUGGACAAACUCAUCCGCAACCCCAGCUCGUUAAAGAAACUGGUCAACUCGUCGCACAGGGUUUCCAACCUGUUGGUGGAGCACGCCAACGUACAGGGGGACUGCAGCGCUCGCACUCAGACCGUAGGCGAGUGGCUGGACUCCAUCAAGAUGGGUCGCUACACCGAGCUCUUCAUGGGAGGGGGCUACUCCUCGCUGGAGACGGUGGCCCAGAUGACGUCAGAGGACUUGCGGAGAGUGGGCGUGAAUCUGGCCGGCCAUCAGAAAAAAAUCAUCACUAGCAUUCAGGAGAUGAGGGUCCAUAUGAACAACACCAACUCUGCGGUGAACAUGUGAUGCAUAUGUACAGGCAAACACGCACACAUAAACACGCAAACAUAUACACGUACACGACAUAUGGACCUAGUGUGUGACGAGAAGACUCGGAUUUUGCCGUUGGACCUAGAGCAGCUUAGCACUUUCUAUGGAAGAGGACGGACCAGUGUUAACGGAUCUGAACUGGAGAAUCAAUAUGUGGUUCUUGUGUUGGAGGAGCGUGUGCUCGGGGCGUCAACCGGGGAGAUUUAGACAUUUGCAGCGCUAAAACCAAACUGAACUGAGCUGGCGGGUGCUACGCGAGGGGCAAAGAUGACGGCGAGAUAAAUGAAGUGAACUGAAUUCCACUCGAGCGAAAGACUGAUUCUGAUUCUUAUUAUUCCAUUUUGUGUGAAUCUUGGGGGAUCCUGGUAUCCCGCGCACUGUUUGGAUUAUCUCCGAUCAAGACGACGUGAAGCGUAGACGUGUAGAUCUGGCUCUGCGAGGACAACCAGCACUUUGUGUUCGAGGUUUCGUGCAGCAGGCCCGAACUGAAGCGCUUUCGGCCCGUCUCAGGUGAUCCGACUCCCUUGGGAGUUCUCCAUGGAAGUACAGUUCCGUCAAGGCGUCGUUGAAAUGAACACCGUUCUCAGGCAGCGUUCAACAUGUAGUAGCCGAUCGAGAACAAAAUUCGUCAUUAGUUUCAAUUCUUUGCUUUUGUCAUUUGAUGCGCCCUGGUCUUGGGUUUUUUUCUUUCUCAGUCGGGUCUCCGUGCCACAGCGCCUGCAGCUGUAGUCCAGCUGUGCGACGUGCAGACCCAUACUCAGCGUUGUGCACUUCAUUAUCUUCCAGUGCGAUGCGAGACAAAAACACGUGAUAUAUCCCUUCAAUAUUUAAAGAGGCUGAAAUGUAAAAAAAAAUUUAGUGUAAUUGAGCCUACAGAGGCAAAAAAAGAAGAAAGUUUUUAUGCUCUGACCCCCUCUGUAUAUGUUAUUCUGACUGAAUGUAUAGCACUACACGGAACACAGUGUUCAGCUGCAGCAUCAAGCUGUUAUAGUUUGGUUAUGGACAUGCUGUCAAGUAUGGAUAGAAUGUGACAAUAGAACCAUUCUGGUCCUCAACAACGAGCUUUUGAAUGAAGCUGUAGAUUGUAAAAGAGAUUCGCCUGGCUCUCUGUCAGCUUUGCUUUUUCUAAAACCUGUAAGAAUCUCCACAAAGACAGACCUCGGUGAGUUCCUGCGGAAGUCACUCGCGUGCUCGAUAUUUCACCCGUGUAUUAAUGGUGCCGUCUCCCCGAUGCUGAGGAACCCGCACGCAGGAUCGAGUCACAUCUCAAGUCCUCCACACGGCCUCGCUGAGGGGUCACCGGCAACAUCGGGCGUCCAUACCCAAUAGCUGCAUCGCGUUAAAACUCACAUUUUGCAGGAUCCAGUGGAAGUUUUGUGGAAUGAAAUUCCAAAUGGAAAGUUCAGUCGAUCCUUGAUGCGAAACGCGUUCAUAUAAUGAAGGAACCGCGACCGAGAUCCUCGUGGAUUCAAGGGAUCGCCCAGAUUCUUGCGGGGCUGUUUACUGAUAUUCUCUUACAGAACCUUCUCUCAGAUUCUAGAGGAACCUCUCAGACUACACUUCCGAGUGCACUCAGAUCUUCGUGGAGCCCUCACUUUACAACCAACAAACCUUCAGGUACUGUGCAGAAAUCCCCUCAGUUCACCAUGCCGCAGUCUUAUCUGCCCCCACCACAUCCUCUGCCACACCACAAUAAACCUCACUUUGAACAGGACUGCUGAAAACGAGGAGGCAAUAUUGAUCGACUUGAUAAUCAUUCAUUUAUUUAUACUUGUUGGAAGAAAUUAGCAAAAAAAAAUGAUGUAGACAAUUUGUGUUACGUCAUGAUACUCUCUUGGGACUACUGAGCAACUCUGCCCACGCGCUUUUUUUUUUUUUGCUUUUUUUUCAUGUAUAUAAUGUAUUAUAUAUUUAAAAGCAGGGAGCAUCAUUCUUCUGUCUACCGUCAUGAACAAGUUGGUGUUGAUCAAGCAUCUCAGAGUAGUAGACAUUAGUAAAUAGUGACAAAUAUCGUAGAUCGACAUCUCUGCUUCUGAAACGUGGGGGCCGCCGUCCGGUGGCAGCAACCAGCAGAUCUGUCCCCGACUGCGGACGGGGCCCGAACGGGCAUGGAGACGGAUCAAAUAUUUAUCUUGUGUUUUUAACGAUUGUGUUCCAUUUUAAGUCUGGGUGCAAGACCUUGAAAUAUUUUCGAUGGGCCUCUGUUGUCUCUUAAAAGAAGGAGAAGUGAGCACAGGGAUUGAUAUAUACAAACCUCUGGUGCAUUGGUGUUUCUUCUAAGUUAUACAAUGAUGUCAAUGAUCACGCCCUUGCUCUCCUUCUCUUUGGCAGAGUAUGUUAUUACAUGCAUUACUACUCAGUGCUUUAUCACUAAAACUUGACCCAUUUCACCAUUAUGUUCACCUAACUGAAACUGAGUCCUGAAAGAAGAGAUAUAUAUAUAUAUAUAUAUAUAUAUCCUCUUUGUAGAUGACGUGCUAAUAUUUUUCUUGGUUGUACACAGUGUACUGCUAAGUGCUGCGGCGUAAGAGUGCAAACAAAAUGAGAUUGUAAAGUUAGUUUUUAUAAGUGGUGGAAUCACCUGACUGUUUUUGAAAAGCACACAAGAAGAAUGUAAGGUUUUAAAAAGGGGUAGUUCACUUUUUUUAGAGAACGCAUUUCGUCUUUUAAACACUCAGACCUUCAUCUGAGUUGAGUAGAAAGUUGUCCAACUUGUGGCGCUAAAGCUUCACGUGUUUUCAAGAUAGAUACUUCUUCAUAACAGAAUGCGAGUAGGGAAUGGUCACAGUUAAUAUUCUACGUGGGUUUUGCGUUUUUAAAAGUCGAAAUGCUCUACCAGAGUGAAAGGUGGCGUCACAGAAAAUAUCUGCAUAGUCUCUUUGGUCUACAUUUAUCCCUGUGGAGAUUUGGCUCUAGCUUGUACAUUAAUAUUCUAUACGGUAGUUUUAUUGGAUUUACAGUUAUGAACUCCCUUCUUUGUUUUUUACCACAGCGUACUUUAUUCUUAUCCUCAAAAAUGCAACCAAUGUUUCGCCAUACACAUGUAGACUAUUGCGGCUGUGCAGACCUUUAAUGUUUGGGGGAGGAAUGCAUCAGCAACAUGGUGCACUUUUUUUUUUUAUAGUAGACAAUAUGAGGCAUGUACAGUGAAAGAGAUUGGACUGGGUAUGUUAAACCUAGCACCCGGCAAGCUUUCGUAGUCAAAUGAAUACCACAGACAUUUGACGGAGUCUCACAGUGUUUUGAUCCCGCUCAAAUUUCCACGUUAUUGGCUUUUUACAACCACCUCCAUUUUAAUUUUCAAACCUAAAACCUAUGCCUGGGACAUGAACAGCUGAUGAACAGUACACCCUUAUAAGUGCCUCUCAUCUUUCGAGCACCGUUACUUCCUCCCCUGCCAAAACGCUACGCCCCCAGUUGUGCCCCGACUUUCCACAGUAUAUAUAUGUAUUUACCUUUUGCCAACAAUAUCUACGGGGCAAUAAGAAGAAUGUCAGACAAUGUGUAUGUUGGAACUAAUUUAAUUUGCACUUUAUGAGAAACCCGUUGCCCUUUUGUUUGACUAAAAUGUCCAAUGGUGACUGAAUUUUUAGCUGAAAAGGUUUUCUUACUGAUUUACUAUUAUAAUUGCUGUAAUUAGUUUGUUUCCCUGAUGCUGAUUUAUAUCACUACAUAUUCUCAACGCUUCCCAUGGUGUAACAAUUUGGCGGCUAAGCACAAGGCAUCAGUAAUAUUUUUAAAAAACAAAUCAAAGCUAUAUAUAUAUAUAUAUAUAAAGAACUAAAGCAUCACUGAUGUAGAGCACCAUGUCCUCGCGUGCGGCACAACUACACACCUUCGGAACGAAAGCACAAAGGUUUUACAGGAAUCUGAUGAUGUGAUCUUGUACAAGAGGUCAAUAGCAGUAUAUCGCUUGAUGUCAACAAACUUGAGUCAGGCCUUUUUGUCUUGGCAGUAUUUGUGGCAUUUCCGCAUUACCACUGGUUAGUGCAAAGGGUUGACAUCAAGCAAGUUGGUUGUUACUGCGAACAGUAAGUAUACAGUUUAGCGUAUAGAUGGGCAAAGUGUAUUCAUUGAUGCAAACUAGCAAAGACGAGAGAUUUGUUGAUGUGUUGUUUCUAUACAACGGCCGUCAGCUGGGACUCCCAUCAACCAUGCAGUGAAGUAUGAAUGAAGGAACCAAUUUCGUGAUAGAAAUAAAAGGAGACGUGACACAUUGGGUUUAGCAUUCGAACCGACAACGUUGUUCUUUGAAACAGGCUUUCAGCAGAAGGUAACCUCAGUCAUUUACAUCAACAUACACACGGACAGUUAUUUCUUAUUUGAUUUGUUCACAUUGGGGUUAGUCGAAAUUUGGCUUCAAAAUAAAAAGCGCUGUUGUCUGACUGAAUUCUAGCAAAUGUACAAAAGCAAUACCUGAUAUUAUUAGCAAAAACUUUGCUACAAGAAUGGAAAGGUUGCACUGACAUCUGAAUGGUCUGAAGACGCUUCAGAAUUAAAGCUGAGCAACUUUUUAGUUGACUUCUCAGGAAGUGGAAAAUAGGUACACUCAUUAGGACAUGACAUGUGGUCUUUGGGAUAUAAAAAAAAAGUGCAGCUUUCACUUACAGUGUCAACAUACAAAAGCAGGUAUGCAGUUAUUGGGUUUUCCCCCUCGGUCCGAGACAGUGAUCAUGUUAUGCAUAACUCACACAAGGUUUUGAAACGAUUGAAUAACUGUUCUGUGACUCAUUGAAAGCACAGUGGAAUACCUAACUAUUGAUGUGCUAUUGGUUUGUCUUUGCGACUGUCAUGUAAUUACGUUUGUGUUGAUGUUUUUGUAGUGUGUUAUCAAAUUCUAUAUUUUUGCAAUAAAACUGUAAAGAAAAUCAA